GUACAUCUCAGUUGGCUCUGUGAAUAGACACUAGAUCCACACAAUGGAUGCCUUAUCGGCUGCAGUCUCUAAUUUCAAGCCUUUCAGGAAUCGCAGGCCCCGCGACGACGAAGACGAAGGUGAGACAACGGAUCACCCUUUGGCAGGUGGCGGCCAUGCCGGGCGCGAAACCGAGCGGAUUCUUCAGGUUCGAGUGAGUACGGCGCUGCGACACUUCCUCGUGGAUGAGCGCAUACUCGCCAAGGAACACGCCGGCCUGAAUGACCCAGAUCAUCAACACAGUCAGCAACUACGUCGCCUCCUUCUUCAGCCACAUGCAAUCGUUCCACCAGAGCUAACGGAUCGAUCGCACCCUCUUCAGGACUAUUUCGUCAGCUCAAGCCACAACACGUAUCUUUUGGCACACCAACUGUACGGUAAGGCGUCCGCCGAAGCAUAUGAAGAGCACCUCAAAGCAGGUGCGCGAUGUGUUGAGAUCGACGCUUGGGACGGUGAGGACAACGAUGAGCCAAAAGUUACCCACGGCUGGACGCUCACGCAGCAUAUUCCUUUCAAAGACGUAUGCGAGACUAUUCGCGACGUGGUAGACCAUGAGCAAUCCCAAUCGUUUGAGCAACAAGGCCAUCGGCCAUCGCCAGUCCUGAUCUCGCUGGAGAAUCACUGCGGUCCGCAAGGCCAGCUAAGAAUGGUCGAGAUCAUGAAGGAAGUCUUUGGAGAUCGACUUCUUAGCAAACCUGUACGCGACAAGGGACAUAGAGCACAGGCUGGCAUGCCGGACGAUUCCAUCUCGCUUGCAGAGCUGGGUAACAAGAUCGUGCUUAUCGUCGAGUAUCAUUUUCCGGAGGAGAAGGUGGAGAGCGGCGAAGAGGAGUCCGACCUCGAUGACGACGAGAGAGAGGAGCUCCGCCGGUACAGGAAGAAGAAAGAGGAGGCGGCUCCGUCCGCCAUCAUCAUCCCAGAGCUAUCUGAGCUUGGCGUGUACGCGCAGUCUGUCAAGCCACCAAGCAAUGCUUGGUUCGAGAAGGGAAUUCUUGACGGCUCGCCUCAUCAUCCGCUAAUCAACAUCUCCGAGACCGGUUUGGCUUCGCAUUUGCCGACACAUGCACAACUCAUUGCGCAACACAACUCCAACCAUCUUAUGAGGGUCUAUCCAAAAGGUACACGCGUCUCGUCUGGAAACCUCAAUCCCGUUCCUUUUUGGAACGUCGGCGCGCAGAUAUGUGCACUGAACUGGCAGACCUUUGGCGCAGCGAUGCAGCUCAACGAAGCAUUGUUCACAGGCACAGACGGCUACGUGCUAAAACCAACUUACCUACGUCAGGGAGGUAGAAGCGUGGAGAAACUUGCGAAGAAGAGAAAGCUACGGUUGCACGUUGCCGGCGCGACGGACGUUCCCGUACCCGCCGAUCGUGCCCAGGAUGGCAGUGACAUCAAGCCAUAUCUGACGUGCAGUCUGAUCAAUCCGUCCCACGAAGGUCCUGACCCGGAGCCGUCGAAGCAGAAGACUAGGCCGUACCGUCAGCACCACCUCACCGCGUCCUUCCAUCACCAUUCCAAUCCGCCAAACGUCGAUCCAAUCUGGAACGAUGUCUUAGAAUGGGAGUAUGAGGAUAGCGAGCUCGCUUUUCUGAGAUUACUGAUCAAAAGCGACGAUGCGUUCGCGGCCAACCCCAAACUUGCUGUUGCCGCAGUGCGACUGCUUUACGUUGUUGAAAACGAGUGGGUCUUCAUUCGAAUGCUCAGCUUGAAAGGUCAAGAGACGACAUGCACUUUGUUGGUCAUGUUUGAGUUUGUAGAUGAUUAAUUCAACCAGUCCAAAUUAUGAGUGGAUGAAGGUUGAAAGUUGAACCAAGGGAAACGAAAGCAGAUUCACAAAGGUUGACGUGAAAUCGCAUCGCAAUGCGAUCGAAGCGUGCUCACGCGAUCGCUUUUGGCGGAUAGCCCCACUUUAUUCAGGAUCGUCCCCUUUCCCCAAGGAGGAGACUUAUGUGCUUUAACGCGGAUUUUAACGUUGUACCAUGGACGCGACGAGUGGGCCUGAAAAAGUAGCGAAUAAUACAAGGAAGACCUGCUUUCAGGCCGUUGGCAGGGACUGCAGGGAGUAGUAAUACAACGGUCCCGCCGUGCUGAAACAUGGCAGGAGAGCCGACGAGGUUUCGACCCUCUGCCAACUGUCGUCCAAGGAAACCGGUAAACAAGUUACUGAUGUAAUUUUAUCUUUGUUCUAGGCUGUCAAUUCGGAGACUGAAGACGUUGCUGAUAUAAUACUCAUCCUCAUGCGAAGCGAAAGCCUACGCUUCGGACAGGUGGAACCUCUUGUCAAGAACGUUUCUGCUACAGCACAGGAUUCCUAUGUCAAAAUUGCACAAUCGAUAUGCUUUCUCCAUUGUUAUGUCAUAUUUUUUUUCCUAUUGUAGAUAAAACAAGCGACAGAAAGCAGGAUUACCACGGUGUAUCGUAGACAGAGCAUAUGCCAGAUAGCCUGCAUAAAAAAGUG